CGGAGGCUGCUCUGGCGGCAGGCGCCGGUAGCGGUGCGUGUCCCGCUCCGCCGGCACAGCUCCCGCAGGAUCCCCGGCUGGCCCGGGCCGGGUGGCCGCACUCACGGCGGCUCCGCCGCAGGCGCCGAGCGAGCAGCAGCCCGCGUCCUCCGAGGUCGGCGUCAUGAGGAGCCUGCCGUUCUUCUGCCGCGGCCAGGUGGUGCGUGGCUUCGGCCGCGGCUCCAAGCAGCUGGGCAUCCCCACGGCCAAUUUUCCUGAACAAGUAGUAGACAAUCUUCCAGCUGAUGUGUCCACUGGCAUUUAUUAUGGCUGGGCCAGUGUCGGGAGCGGAGAUGUCCAUAAAAUGGUAGUGAGCAUAGGAUGGAACCCAUACUACAAGAAUGUGAAAAAGUCCAUGGAAACCCACAUCAUACAUACCUUCAAAGAGGACUUCUAUGGGGAAAUUCUCAAUGUGGCCAUUGUUGGCUACCUCAGACCAGAAAAGAACUUUGAUUCUUUAGAAUCACUUAUUUCAGCAAUUCAAGGUGAUAUUGAAGAAGCUAAAAAGCAGCUGGAUUUACCAGAACAUUUGAAAUUCAAAGAUGACAAUUUCUUCCAAGUUUCCAAGGACAAAAUUAUGAAUGGUCACUGAAAAGUACCUUAUCUGUCCACUAACUGUAGUGUCUUGUUGCCUGUGAUACAAUCUCACCUUGGUCAUAUUUUAAAUGGAACCUUUCUCUGUAGCUGUCAAGUGGUCUUCAGCUAUUAACUCCAUCAUGUUAUAUAGUACUAAAAGAUUCAUUCAAAAAUCAA